UCAUGUGCUUUCAUGCUUUCUCGAUUUCUACUUUUACUUUUUUUUUUUACAUUUUUUAAUUUUUACUGUUUGUGUUUGGUAAUUUUAGUCUGUCUCAGUGAAAAUAAAGGUAGAAGCAACGUUAUACGUUUGAACUAUCGUAAUUUCUAAGCAUAGAUUUGCCUUUUUUAGUCAGGUAACAAGUUGUAGAAAGUUUUUCUUUGUUCCAUCGUAGGUGGCACAAGCCAUGGGAAAAACCAUCUAGACCACAUGGUUUCUGGGCAGAUUUUGCAUUAUUCCUGCUUUCAAUUAGAAGUUUUAGAGAAGCAAUUUCCUCGGUAGUGGUUUAGCAGACUUGGUAGAAUCUAGAUUCAGGAUGUAUCGACAGAUUGAUCUUACAUUCUGCAAUCGAAAUAAUGUAGGAGCUGCCUUAAAAUUUUUAUCUCAGGAGUUGAACUUCAGAGGAUAUCCAGGGUUACCAAAGUACACAGAAUCAGAGAAUGAAUCGGACGUCAUGGUUGCUUUAAUCAAUAAUCUUUGGAUUGCAACAAGGCAACAAGAGGCAUGUAAGCAAGAGAGAGAAGAUUUGCAGGCAGAAAUCAAUGAACUGACUGAUUGUAAUAAGAAACUAAAUGAAUCUCUGGAGCUCUCAAAGAAACAAUUAGAAGAAAUGCAAACACUCAAUAGUAACUUGAAACUGAAACAAAGAAAACUAUUGUCUAAAGUGGCAUCUCUAGAAGAUGAUCUCAAAGAAGUUAAACAAGAGGCUUCAAAAUUGCACGGAAAACUAGAGUCUUUCAGCAAUCAAUUUAUUCACAACAUCAGAAAACGAGACAAUGAAAUUGAUCGAUUGCAAAAUUUAAUCGCAUCUGAUGCUUGCAGAGAGCUUUACUGUGGAGUCUCCGGUGAGCUGAAGGAAAAAUUUGAAAAGCAUAAAGAAGAAAGACUGAAAAAAAUGAUAGGACCUGAUGUGGAAAAGGACUACAUCAAAAGCAUACGAAUCUUAGAGAAGAAUAUCCAAGACUUGGUGGUAGAAAAUGUCUGCUGGCGGCAAGCAAUGAAAACGCAAUACCUACAAAUCAUUUCCGUCCUUCUACCAGAGGAAGGUAGCGGUGAUGCUAUUGAAGCUGGACUGAAUUUUGAUCUUCCGUAUGAAAACUUUAUUCGAAUAUUCCACAAACAGUGGCUGCUUAUAAUCAAGAGGAUUACGUUGUUGAUGGAAUGUCGAGCCGAUGAACUGAAACUGUUAAUGAAAAAUGACAAUGACCCAACUGUAGCUCAGUCAAAUUGAUUCUGGAGCGGCUAACCUGCAAAAAAUAUCACAACAACUUGGAAAUCCGAGUUUUGCAAGUCUGACGAUUAACGCACCACAUGUUCAUCGAACGUUGAAGCGCUAUUCCAUAAAUCAGAGCCAAAUUUUCAAUUGUUUAAUGGUCCCAAGUCAGCUAUUGCUGCGAGUGUGCAGUAGCAGCUUCUAGCAAUAAUCAUUUUUCUAAGACAAGAACGGAUUUGAAGGAAAUGUAGAGCGUUAUUUGUACUCCUGAUGACGAAAGUUGUUGCCUUCUCUUAUCUGCCGCAGAUCAUUCUAGCAUGGGUUUAGAAAAUCAGGUGUAAACUCCAUCGCAGCCAAAAUUUCCAGACCCGACAUUGCAUCCUGUUCCAAGGCAAGUGUUUGGCUAUGCUUCUAUUCAACAUGAUAAUUUCAUACUUAUCAGAAAUUUAGACUUAUAUUACUUGAACUUGUUUUGAAUCUCUAAAAGAAGACUCACUGGUUUUAGAAAGAUGCAGGAUAAUUUUUUGUUGUUGCUAAAAUUGUCUAACUUAGCAAUAACUUUAAUUCAGAACCCUCUGUUUCAACAACUAACCAAGUAUGAACCCAGAGAACUUGAGCCUUUAUAACAUUAAAGCUUUGAUGGACAAAAAAAUCAUGCAGCACAAUUUAAGUAAGAGAAUUGUGUAUAUUUGCCUUUGAAAAAUAUUCUACAAAAGAGGGGGAAGUUGGUGUAUGAAAAUGGCUAUCUGAUAAAAUUAUUUACUCAUUUUACAAUUUUACAAGCAAACCCAUUUACAAAUUACAAGCAAAUCUAUUCACAAAUAAGUACCAAAAAAUAGAUAGCAAAAUAACCACCAUUCAAA